GUUGAUGUGGAAUUCUGGAACAUGAAAAAGAAUGUUUCGCUGUCUUUAAACAAGUCUGUCAUCAUGGCAUGCUCUUGGGCAGGAACACUGACCCAGACCACGGUUUCUCUGGGCAGGAGUGUGUUCUCCGGGCUUUCUCUCCACCAACAGUCUAUUUUUGUGCCUUGUUCAUUCCAUUAUCACAACAACAUACUGGGUUUCAAUGCAAACAAGGUCGGGUUGCUGUUAAACAUUCUGACUUUAGCGUUGGUUAGUUCAUCAAAUCGACUUUAUUGUUUGUUAGUUUUAAAGCGACGACUGUUUGGGUCGGGUCCCAACGGUCCAGUAGCUUAAACCACGGCCUUCUAUUUAUACCAUCAUCACUCCUCUAAAUCUGGACAUGUCUUCAGUUACAGUUGGGCAGGAAGUUUAAUUAACUUCAAACAUAUAGAGGUCAUCAUAACAACAACGACUGCUGUCCUCGUCGGGUUUGGGGUUAUAAUCUCAGUGCUGAUCUGCAGAAACACAAUCGCUGGACUGUAAAGUGUCGCUGGUUUUAUUUAAAGGGGUGUUUAUUUGAGAACCUGCAAUGAUCAUUGGCAAACUCAACACAUCUUAAUAUUCCACUCAAAAUGCCUUUGGGAGCUGAGGUCUUAACACUUAUUUCAGUGAUUAAGAUGAAGAGGCCUGCCACAGAUGUGGGCGGGGCUUUAGAGCCCACCUUCCCAUCACUGCACUGGGACAAAGCAUGGCCACCAGACGCGCUCGUUCUGAAGAUGACCUUUCCUGUCCAAUUUGUGGACUCAUUCUUUGUCAGCCGGUGGUCCUCACUUGCAGACACAGAUUCUGUAAAGCCUGUCUGAAAGACAGCUGGGACACACAAGGCAGCAAAGACUCCCACUACUGUCCUCUGUGCUGGCGGCGUUCCUCAAUGGAUCAAAUAGCAGUUAACACUGUGCUGGAAAAGGCCUGUGAAUCCUUCAAAGAAGACAGACGCAGGAAUGACCCAGAAACGUGUAAAGAGCAUGGGGAAAUGCUCACACUCUUCUGUGUGGAGGACUUGGAGCCGAUCUGUGGUGUGUGUGGAAAAGCAGCUGCACACAGAGGGCACAGGCUCUAUCCUGUUGGCGAAGGCACUCAUGACUGUAAGGAGGAACUGAAGAGCGCACUCCUGCCCUUGAAAGAGAAACUGCUGCUCUACAAGAAAGCAAUAACUGUGUGUGAAGAAACGGCUGAACAUGUCAAGAACCAAGCAAAGCACACGGAAACGCAGAUCAAAGAGGAAUUUGAAGCCCUUCAUCGUUUCCUGAGAGAGCAGGAGGCUGCGAGACUUUCUGCUUUAAAGGCCGAGGAGGAUCUCAACAACCAAAUGAUUCAUCAGAGGAUGGAGGAGAUGAGCAGUGAGCUGGAGUCUCUCUCUAACACCAUCAGAGUUACAGAGCAGGAAAUGAACAGUCCUGAUGUUCCAUUCCUAAAGAAUUACAAGGAAACUAUCAGAAGGACUUGGAAAAGGCCUCAUGACCCACCAACGAUGUACGGCGUUCUCAUUGAUGUGGCCAAACACUUGGGCUCUCUGAAGUUUAAGGUGUGGGAGAACAUGAAGAAAGUUAUUAAAUACACUCCAGUGGUUUUGGACCCAAACACAGCAGCCGGCUGCUUCAUCCUCUCUGAAGAUCUCACCGUUGUGCAGAACUCCACUCAAAUCUUCAAGCUGCCAGACAACCCAGAGCGUUUUGAUAUUAGUGCCGAGUUGCUUGCUGCCGAGGGCUUUUCUUCUGGACGCCACAGCUGGGAUGUGGAGGUGAACCACAACACCUACUGGGUUUUAGGCGUAGCCAGCGAGAGCAUCAACAGGAAGGGGAAACACGUGCUCACGCCAGCUGAGGGAUUCUGGACUAUAAGAUAUCGUAACGGGGAGCACAAGGCCUGCACGGCACCAUGGGAGCCACUCAACAUGACUAAAAAGCCAGACGUGAUAAGGGUGGUUUUAGAUAUGGACCGAGGCAAAGUGACCUUUUAUGACCCCAAAGAAAGAGCACCCCUCUACACCUUCACAGAAAUCAUCACUCCCAGAGCCUUCCCCUACUUCUGCAGUGCUUGUAAAGAUCAUCCUCUGAAGAUCCUACCAACGAGGAUUACUCUAUCAACAGAUUAAAAGACAAAUCCCCAGUUUCAAUGUAUUUUUAUAGGAUUAUUUAUCAAAAUAAAAGCCCGUCAACAUUUCUUUGAGGAAGAGAUGAUUAAACAAACGCUUGAUCAAACGUUUUAAAUCAAUACCACGAAACAAACGGGUUUAGUUUAUUUUAUUUUGAGUUACAACAAAAACAGUUCUGCACUUAUAAAUCACGUCCCCUAACAUCCAUAUAUUACCACAGGAUUUGUUACAUAAAACAGUCAAAUGUGACUUAUUUAGCUUCCUUACUGAUCUGAACUCUUGUCCAUAAAAAGGGUUAAAAUAUGAAAUUUCACAAAAGGCACUUGUAAUGAUACUGUGUAUUUCCAAGCCCAUGUCAGUGUUGUUUACAGGUCCAAACUUGAUGAGUCGGACCGUUUAUCCACUGCAUUAAGAGAAACUAAAACUCGGUGUUUAUGUUAACGUUGUUUUUUUGGACUAGCAGCUGUUUAUAAUGCAAGUUAAAAUCAAGUCUCACUCUCAUUAAAACAAGCAGGAGUAACGUGACUGUAACGGUUAAACCUACAGUUAUAACAUAGCAGCUUACAGCUUUUCCUAAAGGAGCAUCAAUCCCAUAAUAAGGUUUAUCUCGGUACGUUUUAGCACUAACGUUACUGUAGCAUGUUUCCUAUCUCGAACUGGCUGUAGAAGAUAUUCUGUGUGUGGUGAUGCUCAAAGGCUUCACGAGGCGUUUGUUAUGUAACAAUGUUAUUAAAAGCAGCGAGUAACCUGG